AUGUUAAAACCCGUAUAUAUCCAGCUAAGCAAACGGUUUCUUGCUAAUACAAAAUCCAGAAAUUAUAGUGUUAUUGCUUCAGUAUUACAACAACAAAAUGUUGGAGAAAUGACUGAAGUUAAGGGAUGGGUAAAAAGUCUCCGUAUACAAAAAGAAUUCAUUUUUGCGGACGUUAACGAUGGUUCCUGCGCUCAAAAGUUACAGAUUAUUAUACCGAAAAGUCUUAAUACUGACAAUUUAACUUAUGGCAGUUCUGUACAUAUAACUGGAAAACUCUCUAAAAGUCCAAGAGGUCAAUUGGAACUUAUAGCAAAUAAUAUUAAUGUGUUAGGUAAUUGUGUUGUUCUUGAUGGAUAUCCUUUUAAUCCUCGUACAACGCAUCCACCAGAGUAUGUAAGACAGUUUUUGCAUUUACGAUCACGGACAAACUAUAUCUCAGCAAUAUUAAGAGUAAGAAAUUCUGUGACAAAACACAUUCAUGAUUACUUUUCAUCUAAAAAUUAUAUCCACAUACAUACACCCAUAUUGACUUCCAAUGAUUGUGAAGGCGCCGGUGAAGUUUUUAAAGUACAACCUGAAAAUGAUGAAACAGUUAAAGCUAUGAUGCAGGAGGGAAGAAAUAGGGACUCAGUGUACUUUGGCACAAAAACAUAUUUAACAGUAUCAGGUCAGCUACAUUUAGAAGCUAUGUGUAGGGGCAUGGGGAACGUGUAUACACUAGGGCCAACAUUUAGAGCUGAGAAUUCUAGGUCAAGAUUGCAUUUAUCAGAAUUUUAUAUGCUUGAAGCUGAAAUAGCAUUUUGUGACUCUAUAGAAAAAUUACAAGAGGUUAUUGAAAAUUUACUAAAAUAUCUAUUCAUUGAAAUUAGAAAAACAAAUGAAUCUGACUUAUUUUUAAUUGAUAAAAAUAAUAAAAUACCCAAUUGGGUUGAAAAAGAUUUUGUAACAUUAACUUAUAAGGAAGCACAAAGUAUCUUAGACAGGAAAGGCUUACAUUCAGCAGAGGAAGGUAUCAAUAAAGAACAAGAAUUAGCUUUAGUAGAUCAUUGUCAAGUUCCAGUCUUUGUAGUACAGUGGCCAAAAGAUAUGAAGUCAUUUUACAUGAAGGAAUCACCUUUGGAUGAUGGUAAGGUUGAUGCAUUAGACUUAUUAGCCCCAAUUACAGGAGAAAUAGUUGGCGGGAGCCUAAGGGAAGAUGACUAUGAAAAGUUAAAACAAAAGCUCCCAUCAGAAGCUUUAAACUGGUACUUAGAGCUACGAAAAUUUGGAAAUAUACCCACAGGAGGUUUCGGCUUGGGUUUGGAAAGAAUACUGCAAGUUAUUUGUAAUGUGCCCAAUAUCAAAGAUACUUUGCCAUUUCCGAGAUGGCCUCAUAAUUGUGAUAUG